AUGAAUAGAAAAUGGUUAACAGCAGUAGAUGCAUUUCCUAGAAUGUUUCCUUCUCGUCAUCCGCUAAACGGUUGGGUCGGUCGAGCAAUUCUGCUGAGAUAUUUCGGUUCAGCGAAACGAUGGAUCAGCUGUUCCGCGGCGUUCCGCAGAAGUCACUACGAUUCGCUAGGCGUGACAGCGAAUGCGACCCAGAACGAUAUUAAGCAGGCGUACUAUAAGCUGUCCAAACUGUACCAUCCGGACAAAAACAAGGGCAGCGAAAUAGCGGCCGAAAAAUUCCGGGACAUCACGGCAGCGUACGAGAUCCUAGGGAACUAUCGGUUGAGGAAACUGUACGACAAGGGUAUUCUACAUACGGCCGGCCGACAGUUUGCGAGCGAAGCGACUGAGGCAGCAGAGCACACUGAGGACGAUGCUCAGACUCGGUUCUAUAAGAAACGCAUGAGUCGGGCUCAUGCUCCGACGGCAACGGGUCGAACACCGAUCUACGACUUCGACGAGUGGGCCCGUAGCCAUUACGGGUCGAGGUUCGACCAAAAGAUAAAGGCGGAGGAGCGGUUUAGGAAAAAGGCUGAGAGGGAAGAGAUUUUCAAAACCCGCUUGCAGCAUGAGUACAUCAUAUAUCCGCUGUUAUUUUUUUGCAUAGUGUACUGUGUGAUAGUGUUCCAAGAGGGUACCUACGAUACUCCCAAACCGGUAACGAAAGAUGAGCCUUGA